AGAAGCCAAUCAGAGGCACCGCGGAUCCAGCUUCUGAAGUCUUUACCAGACCUUGGGACUCAGUUCUCCUCCUCAGACCCUAAGGGUCUGGGGCAUGGGCCCCCGAGCCCUCGCAUUGUUGCUGUCGGGGGCCUUGGCAGUGGCCGAGACCUGGGCGGGCUCCCACUACCUGAGGUAUUUCUCCACCGCGGUGUCCCGGCCCGGCCGCGGGGAGCCCCGGUACUGGGAAGUCGGCAACGUGGACGACACGCAGUUCGCGCGGUUCGACAGCGACUCUGCCAGUCGGAGGAUGGAGCCGCGGGCGCCGUGGGUGGAGCAGGAGGGGCCGGAGUAUUGGGACCAGGAGACGCGGAGGGUCAAGCACAACGCGCAGGCUUUCCAAGUGAGCCUGAACACCCUGCGGGGCUACUACAACCAGAGCGAGGCCGGGUCUCACACUUUCCAGUGGACUUCUGCCUGCGACGUGGGGGCCCACGGGCGUCUCCUCCGCGGGUACCAGCAGUGGGCGUACGACGGCGCGGAUUACAUCGCCCUGAACGAGGACCUGCGUUCCUGGACCGCGGCGGACACGGCGGCGCAGAUCACCCGCCGCAAGUGGGAGGCGGCGGGUGAGGCCAAGCGCUACAGGAACUACCUGGAGGUCACGUGCGUGGAGUGGCUCCGGAGGCACCUGGAGAACGGGAAGGAGACGCUGCUGCGCUCAAGUACCAGGGCCAACAGGGCCUCCCUGAUCUCCCCUCCCCUGGGGCUGGCUUCCCACCAGGAAGGGAAAAUGGACUCAGUGGCAGAACACCGCCUUCCCACGGGUGGGGAGAUCGGUGGGAUCUCCCAUGGGAGAUCCGCGGGUGGGGAGACCGAGACCUCCGCCUGGGUGUUCAGGUUCCUACUGGAGAGUGACUCACCCAGAGGGCCGCUUUUCUCUAAAGGGCAAUUGAGGAAUCCAGUCUCUCCCAGGAGGCAGGUGGAGACCAUUCCUGAAAUAAUGACCUUGGCAGCCACCUUGGCAACCGUGGCUUUCCCUCUCAAGGCCUUGUUCUCUGAGAACAUCUUUGGAGAACCCCCCAACACACACGUGACCCACCACCCCAUCUCUGACCAUGAUGUCAUCCUGAGGUGCUGGGCCCUGGGCUUCUACCCUGUGGAGAUCACCCUGACCUGGCAGCGUGAAGGAGAGGACCUGACCCAGGACACAGAGCUUGUGGAGACCAGGCCUGCAGGAGAUGGGACCUUCCAGAAGUGGGCUGCCGUGGUGGUGCCUUCUGGAGAGGAGCAGAGAUACACAUGCCAUGUGCAGCAUGAGGGACUGUCUGAGCCCAUUACCUUGAGAUGGGAGCCUCCUCUUCCCAUCGUCCUCAUCACAUGGAUCAUUGCUGGUCCGGCUCUCCUUGUGGUCACUGUGGUGAUUGGAGCUGUGAUCUGGAGGAAGAAGUGCUCAGGGGUGUCCCAGGAUGAAUCUGUGCAUCGGAGAAUUUUUGCUGAAAGAUACUGGGAUGGUCAGGCCUUCCUGCACCAUGACAACAAGAAAGAUGUGGCAGAGUCACAGAGAUUAGGGGCCGAAGCAAUCCGGGGACCUGAGACAUGGGCAACAGAGACCAAGGGCUUGAGAGACCCCGGCGAGGAACUCAGAAUGAGUCUGGAAGACCUCCUGGCCCUGCAGGCACCAAGAAGAGGAGAUCUGGGACUGGGAGAUCCAAGAAGACAACUGCACCAGGGUCUUCAGGCAUUUCCACUGUGAUGGGGAGCCCUCCCUCUACUAUGACUUGAAUACCCAUGGAUGGACAGUUCCCUGCUCUUCCACACUGACCUUGAUUAUGGAAAUCAAGAAACCUGGGAUGUAGAUGGCUCUCAAAGCCAGGAUUCCUUAGCCAUGUGCAGGGAGAGCUUUGUGGAAGCAUCAGAAAUAUCUGGAGUCCUGGAUGGGCUUCUUGGGAAAAAAAAGGUUCAGCCCUGGGGCAGAGGCCUUCCUCUCCCCUAGACCCAUUGAACCUCCUCCUGCAAAACCCUGACCAAGGAAACCCUCCCUGUCCUAUGGAAUGCACAUAUGUUCUCUUGGCCCAUUGUAUUGUGAUCGGCCUAAACUCUUAAAGCCUCUGGAUAAAGGAUAGAGAUACCAAUCA